AGUCAAAGAAAUCAACUGAAACUCUGACGUUUAAAAGGCCAGAGGGGAUGCACAGAGAGGUCUACGCGCUGCUGUAUUCAGAUAAAAACAGGGAUGCUCCUCCCUUGCUGCCCAGCGAUACGGCGCAGGGCUACCGCACGGUCAAGGCCAAGCUGGGCUGUAAGAAGGUGCGGCCGUGGAAGUGGAUGCCCUUUACGAACCCCGCCAGGAGGGACGGGGCUAUAUUCUACCACUGGAGGCGCAUGGCGGAGGAGGGCAAGGACUACCCCUUCGCCCGCUUCAACAAGACUGUGCAGGUGCCCGUGUACUCCGAGCAAGAGUAUCAGAUGUACCUUCACGAUGACGGGUGGACCAAGACGGAGACCGAUCACCUCUUUGACCUCUGCAAGCGCUUUGAUCUGCGGUUCAUCGUCAUCCACGACCGCUACGACCACCAGCAGUUCAGGAAGCGCUCCGUGGAGGACUUGAAGGAGCGCUACUACAACAUCUGCGCCAAGCUGACCAAGGUCCGGGCCCCCUCUGGGACCGAUCCGAAGAUCUACGUGUUUGACGCGGGACACGAGCGGCGCAGGAAGGACCAGCUGGAGAGGCUGUACAACCGCACGCCGGAGCAGGUGGCAGAAGAGGAGUAUCUAAUCCAGGAGCUGCGGAAGAUCGAGACCAGGAAGAAGGAGAGGGAGAAGAAAGCCCAAGACCUGCAGAAACUCAUCACGGCAGCCGACACCACCACUGAGAUGAGGCGUGCAGAGCGCAAAGCCACCAAGAAGAAACUUCCUCAGAAACGAGAAACUGAGAAACCGGCUGUUCCUGAGACUGCUGGCAUCAAGUUCCCAGACUUCAAAUCCGCAGGUGUCACGCUUAGAAGUCAAAGGAUGAAACUCCCCAGCUCUGUGGGACAGAAGAAGAUUAAAGCCAUCGAGCAGAUCCUCACAGAACAGGGAGUGGAUCUCAACCCCAUGCCGACGGAGGAGAUAGUGCAGAUGUUCAACGAGCUGCGCAGCGACCUGGUGCUGGUGUACGAGCUGAAGCAGGCGCACGCCAACUGCGAAUACGAGCAGCAGAUGCUGAGGCAUCGCUACGAGGCGCUGCUCAAGGCGGGCGGGGCCAGCACUCCCCUGGGGGAGGGGCUUGGGGCUGAUGGACAGCCUGGGGGCGGGGCCGAGGACACCAAAGGGGACAGCAAAGAUCAAAUUAUUGACGUGGUGGGAGCGCCACUCACCCCCAAUUCCCGGAAGCGAAGGGAAUCGGCCUCAAGCUCUUCCUCCAUUAAGAAAGCCAAGAAACUCUGAUGCAGAUUGUUUUUGUACGUUUGACAAGGAGAAAGGAACUUGCAGAACUGCAUGGGGACUGGUCAGCCUCAAACCAGGAAUAGCAGAUUUGCAGAGCCUUUCAGCUCCGCUGGGAUUCACAUUCAUCAUUGCACAGACAACCUGCUGGGUCCAGACUGACCAUAUCUUUGCUGCCAGAGCCACUGGCCCCAACUCAAAACACACACACUCCACUUCCUGUAUCUGUCUGUCACACUGCAACCAGACUGCACCAGCACAUGGACUUUGACUGACAUUCCAUUCCAUUAUUGUUUUUCCUGCUUGCUAGACAAAAUGAACCUGGAUGAACCAGAGACAAUGCAUCGCUUGCCAAUGUGAAAGUCCACUUUGAAGUUGCAGUGAAGGCAGAUGUAUUAAGAUGUGUACCUGCACAUGGGCUGUUAGUCUCUGCGGGGUGCCUGCUUCUAAAUUGUACUUCAGUGGACGUUAAAUGUUACAGGCAUUUUGAGAUGCUGUUUCCCAGAGGGGAAUAGAAAUGUAAAAAUCAUGCCAUUUACCCGUUUUGAAUUAAAAUUGGAGUGCGUUUGAAUUCCUGAUUGA